CGGACACAUAUGAUGCCUUGACGUGUGCUGACAUGUCCGGCUCCGUCCGUUGGGAUGACGUGCACAAACAUGCAGAGGUCACACAGAGGUGAUCGAAUGCGUGCAUCUCUCUCCAUCGGUAGCAACAGAGACAGCGAUACGUCUGCGUGGCAGGCAAACGCACCCAGCCAGCGGCCUGCCCACGACACCACAGAGCUUACAGAGCUUGCUACCUUCCUUGCUUGCUGCCUUGGCACAUGCGUACACACAUGCAAACACACACAUGCAACCCAACCACGCUCCCUACGAGCGUGGUGUGCCGCACCUACCAUGCAGCAAUGCAAGCUGGCUGGCUCAUCGAUAUGCGAGCUGCUUGUUCAGCUCGUCAGCCCACGGACACCAUGGACACUCACAUGCAGCAAGCGACACCACACCAUACCCCCUGAUAAAGGCACUGCACCCACACAUGGACAUUGACACACACAUGCAUAGCUACAUAAACCAAUCACACGACACGUACACACGUACACACAUAGAAGCGACAAGUCAUUACGGCAAAAAGCGCGCCAGGUAGGAGAGGCAAAUCUGUCAGCCACUCUCUCAUCCGUCGUCUGCGCGUGCGUGGAGGUGACUAUAGGCCGAUAGGCCUCCCCGCCCCAUGCACCACGCACACACCCAUGAAGACUGGAGAGCGUGUAACGAUACGACACACACGCUCAGUCAACCAUAAACCACCCCGCCCCCCUCCCUCCCUCCCUCUCAGCAAAAAAACUGACAUGCAAGUGUGGAUGACCCACACAUGCACCAGUCCCCCCCUCCCUGUAUGCGUGUCGCAUUCAUUAGGUGCCCAUGUAUGUGUACCCACGUUACGUAGGCAUGUAGAUAUCUACACUUGUUUCCGCCCUCACGUACGCAGCUGUGUAUGUGCGUGUGUGUGUGUAUAAAAGCAACCCUGGUCAAAAAGUGAGCCAGUGGGUGUGCAUGAAUGACAUUGUAUGGCGACAGUAGUGAGUGGUUGAGCCGCGUGCUAGACCCAAUACCGUAUCCAUCCAUGGGUGAGUGUGUAUAUGCACCAGCGCACGCGGUGCCAUAUGAUCUGUCCACCCCGUCCCGUCCCCGUGACAAUAUCAACACAAAUCCGCCACACCGUCCCCCCCUCCCCGCCAUCCGCCGGUGUGUAUGUCUGUAUGUAUGUAUGCAUUAACAAUGGGCACACACCACCCGCAUCACAUCACCGCCCACGUGUACGUAAAACUGUGACUGAAAAGACCGACAACAGCCCACACGCCAAACAGGCCGAGGAGCAACAAACCCGUUCGUUCCAUGUUUGUGAGCAUAAGGAGCGAGCAAGCCAGUGUGUGCUGUGCGACAAAAAAAUGAGCAAGUCGGCCUGUCCAUCGGUCGAUGGCAGCCUCCCAACCAGCCAGCGAGUUCCUCACGCGCAUGCAGGUGGGGAAAAAUCCAGUGAGAGAGACAGAAAGGGGCAGGUCAUGUCAACCCAACAGACAGCCAGACACGCGGAGAGGGUGCGAGAGGGAAGGGCGCAGAGAGGCAGCCAGCCGGCCUCUCAGCGACCACAAAUACCACGAACGAAAAAGACGUGCAGACGCCCAUGGUGGGUAGGUAGGCACGGGCAGCAUACAACACCCUCACACACCACUGGGGGGCGGGGACGGGGCGACGGGUGGAUCAUGGGGUGGGUCAUCAAGAAACAAACCGGUACUCGUACGUACGUAACCACACAGAUACUCGCGUCACACCUUCUGCACUGGCUGCACUGGCGCCGCGACGGUCGCCGCCUCGUCAUGAUGGCAGUACCCAUUCUCAACCUGCACAGACAGAGCACCAAAGUGCAACCAACAUUCUCAGUUGCAGGCAGCCCCAUGCAUUGCCUGCCACUUCCUCCCCUGUUUUUGCGACUGACUGACCUCAUGCAAGCAUGUGUGCGGCCUGCCGACGACGAUGGCGUUGCCCGAGGGUGAUGUGGGGAACCCGGUCGCCCUGCCCUUGCGCUUCAGACAGAUGUACACGAUGGCGAAGGAGAAGGUGAGGAUGAGGACGGACGCGAGAAUGCCGACGGCGACGCGGUAUCCGGUCAGCUCGCUGCUGAUGGCUGGGGGAAGGCCCGACGUCGACUGCUGGUGGGAGUGCUGGUCGAAGGAUGCCUCCUCUGAGAGGGGGCUGACUGCGAAACGACUCUCUGUUGGACGACGGCAACACACACACAGGGAGAGAAAGAGGUGGCAGACGGUGUGCGUGGAUGUGGCCGUCUGUGUGUGUGUGUGUGUGUGUGUGUACCUUGUGAUCGGUCGAAUAUCUGUCCGUCGCUUUGCUGGUUGGGGUGGCGAAGUUGGUCGUCCCACCUGACACACCGAUUGACAAACGGCACACACGAAGAAACAUACGGGGGGGAGCGAGGCAAGAUGUGACAUCGCGCGCCCCAACCUACCCGGUGCAGACGACUCUGUUGAUCUCCACCGUUUCAUUGACGCACUUGGAAUUCCACUCACCUGACACACACACACCCAUACACACGACCCGUUUGGUCACUCAGUCGCACCGGGUGCUGUCUGUCUGUCUGUGGUGCGUGUGCCCAUGUACAUUUCUUGAUCGCUUCGUGUCUCAUAAGGUGCUCGUUGUUCGGAUCGAACUGCAUCUCACAGCGAGACACCGGCCGACCUGCACACACAUACCGGGCGCUGCACACUCGCCCCCGCCCCCGCCCCCUUUCGCAAUCACUCACCGGAGAGGCACACGUAGUAGCAGCUGCCCCUGACGAAUGAAUCCUCGACCUCACAGUGGCUGAAGAGGUCCUGCUCCUCGCCCAUGCCUUUCAGGUCGGUGCACUUGACAAUAUCGGUCCCGUUUUCGUUGAGCACCUCGCUGCACUGGAGGUCGAUGUCCAUCAUGUAAUGGAGAAAGUCGUGUGGACUGGGUCGGCUGUCGAUGCAGUGCCCGUAGUAGUCCAUGUCCUGGUGCAUGUCCGGAUCACCCAAACACUCUAAACACACACACACCAACAGACAGGGCAGGCACACAAUCACCACAAAUGCAGCAACGCUCCCCAUCCGGAUUCUGUGUACGUGUUGCUUUUGUGCGCCGUCCCGCCCCGCCCUGCUCACGUUUGUCGAGGGGGUUGUCGCUUUCGAACUUGCCGUAGUCGCAGUAGAAGGUCUUGUUGACGAGGGUCUCCACUCCGCUGGCGUUCCUCUCCCCAAGCUCACGCAGCGGGGUCAGUUUGCGCCGCGACAAGGAUCCCAUGAUUUUGUGCACCUCAUUGCGCACCAGGCCAGCAGGCACAGAUGAGCCACUGCUUUUGAUUGUGCACCAGACAGCCGAAAGGGACAAAAGCCACAGAGAGAUGGGACGCAUUGUGUGUGAGGAAUCGGUGACGGAGACUAUGCGGUGAUGGCGGAAGGUGUGCAGCGGUCUGCAGUCGCGGGAUUAGAAGGAAUGACGCGAAGUCUCU